CUACUUGUAUCCAUACAAGCCAAGAUAUCAAAUAGAACUUGGACAUCAAAGACACAAUGGCAAGCUUGGGGUGUUCCAUGUCUGUCUUAACGUUUCUCUUCUUCAUCUUUGUUGGCUUAAUGUCUUCUUCAUCUGAAGCUGCCAUAAAGAGAUACCAGUUUGAUAUUCAAGUGACGAAUGUGAGUAGACUAUGCCAUGCAAAGCCUAUUGUAACAGUAAAUGGGAGGUUCCCAGGGCCAACUAUAUAUGUUAGGGAAGGAGAUAGAGUGAUGAUCAAUGUCACCAAUCAUGUACAAUACAACAUGUCGAUUCACUGGCAUGGACUUAAACAAUAUCGUAAUGGUUGGGCGGAUGGACCAGCUUAUAUCACACAGUGCCCAAUACAGACAGGAGGCAGUUAUACUUAUGAUUUCAAUGUUACUGAGCAGAGAGGAACACUAUGGUGGCAUGCACACAUUCUUUGGCUGAGGGCCACUGUGUAUGGUGCAAUAGUAAUUAUGCCUAAAGCUGGAACACCAUUUCCUUUCCCACAGCCAGCUAGAGAAUUUGAAAUUCUCCUAGGUGAAUGGUGGAACAACGACGUGGAAGAGAUUGAAAAUCAAGGGAACAAAAUGGGGUUGCCACCAAAUAUGUCAGAUGCACAUACGAUCAAUGGGAAGCCAGGACCACUAUUCCCAUGUUCUGAGAAGCACACAUUUGCAAUGGAGGUAGAACAAGGGAAGACUUACCUCCUGAGAAUCAUCAAUGCUGCCCUGAAUGACGAACUUUUCUUUGCCAUUGCCCAUCACAAUUUGACAGUAGUGGAGGUUGAUGCUGUUUAUACGAAACCAUUCACCACUCGGGCUAUACUAAUUGCACCUGGUCAAACCACAAACGUUCUGGUCCAAGCCAACCAAGUUGCUGGUAGAUACUUCAUGGCCACCAAGGCUUUUAUGGAUGCUCCAAUCCCAGUUGACAACAAAACUGCCACAGCUAUACUCCAAUACAAAGGCAUCCCAAACACUGUCCUCCCCGUCCUUCCACAGUUGCCGGCUAGAAACGACACACGUUUUGCUUUGAGUUACAACAAGAAAUUAAGGAGCCUAAACUCUACUCAAUACCCUGCUAAUGUUCCUCUCAAAGUUGACAGAAACCUCUUCUACACUAUUGGUUUAGGCCAGAAUGCUUGCCCCACAUGCCUAAAUGGAACCCGGCUCGUUGCUUCAUUAAACAAUGUAUCUUUUGUGAUGCCCCAAACUGCACUUCUCCAAGCUCACUACUUCAGUAUCAGGGGGGUUUUCAGGACUGAUUUUCCUGACCGCCCUCCAUCCCCUUUCAACUUUACUGGUGCGCCCCUAACUGCCAAUCUUGCCACUUUAACUGGCACUAGAGUUAGCAAGAUUGCUUUCAAUUCCACAGUGGAGCUAGUUUUGCAGGAUACCAAUCUCCUCUCUGUUGAGUCACAUCCAUUCCAUCUUCAUGGCUAUAACUUUUUUGUUGUUGGAACCGGGAUUGGUAACUUUGAUCCAGCUAAAGACCCUGCUAAGUACAACUUGGUAGAUCCUAUUGAGAGGAACACAGUUGGGGUUCCUACCGGUGGUUGGACUGCAAUUCGUUUUCGGGCAGAUAAUCCAGGUGUUUGGUUUAUGCAUUGUCAUUUGGAGGUGCAUACUGGUUGGGGGUUGAAAACGGCUUUUGUUGUGGAAAAUGGACAAGGACAAGAUCAAUCUGUUCUGCCUCCACCAAAGGACCUUCCGACUUGCUAGUCAUCCAUGAAAAUAUGGUCGAAGAGAAUUUGAUUUAUAAACACCUUUCAAUGUUUUUUCUGUGUCUAUCUGCUCAUUGCUCAACCUUCCUGUGAAAGUUGCAGAAGGUUUUUAAUUGUGAUAUAAAACGAGCAGAAACAAUUGUAAACUAAAGAGUGAUUUCAUUCAGGAAUUCUUGUAUUCAAAUUUCGAAAAUAAGAAUAAUUGAUUCGUUCUAUUUUGUUA